AUGAGCGAUCAGAAUUUUGACGUGGAGCAGGACGUUGCAACCUUCUUCACUAAGACGACAGUGACUCGAAGCGCUUGCGACCUGCGCGCCACAGAGCUCGUCGAUGGUGGAUUGCAACUUGUGCCUGUACAAGGCGCCUGUAGCUAUACAGUCUACGCUGGCCCCGAACUCGGCUCAGUCAUUCAAUUCCGCUUGAAGUCCCUGGUCUUGCCACUGAAGACGAUGGAGCUUGCACAUCAAAUCUACGGCACACUUGCACCCGAGGUCGCACUAGAAGGCCAGAUCGGACAGGACGACGAUGAUGGAAGAGAGGCUCUUGUCGUCUACGUAAUGUCUCGCAUGCAAGGCAUCAGUCGUCUUGACUUCAUUCUUGCUUAUGGCUUUCCCGAAGACACGCCAAAGAGUUGCGAUGCGCGCCUAACCCUAAUCAAGGACGCUGCCACCUUCUUCGCACUGUCGUGGAAGUCUCCACAGAUUUUUGAGCAGGCACAACUUGAAAAACUACAGCAAGAGUAUGAACGCGACCUUCGCUCACUCCUCCUUGCACUGCCGCCGCGCUUCCAUGAUGCGAUCCGGCGUUGCUUGCGAGCAUUACCAUCCAUCAUGGCUCUACCGACAGUGCUUGCUCACAAGGACUUUGGUGACUUCAACAUGCUUGUUGAUCCCGAUACCUGCCACCUGCUUGGUGUCAUUGAUUGGGCUGAAGCUAAAAUGGAACCUUUCGGACUCAAUCUCUAUGCAGUCGAGAACCUGAUGAGCAAAUUUCAUCUUCGCAACGGCGCUUCUCGAUACCCCAAUUACGACACACUGUACGAUACUUUCUGGCAAACACUCAAAGCAGAGAUUGGCCCAGAUCUCGAUGAUGCAGAAAUUCAUACGAUCAGAUCGGCGAUGCUCCUGGGAUUUCUGCUUGAUCGUGGAUUCACCAGCCGUCUUGCCAACAUGUGUGAGCCAGUUCCUGUCUCUGAUAAUGACAGGGGGGGAGCAUACAGUAUGCUCGUGUUGGACAGUUACCUGAGCCGAGCCGAGACGAGAUUUCCAUUCUUGACAGACAUGCACUAG